AUGACUGAUGAGGAGUUGCUGAUGUUACUUGGUGGUCAAGAUGAUGUAGAAGAAUUAUUUGCUGCUCGGCAAAUUGCACCGAAAAUUGAAAAGAAAGAGGAGAUAAGUGUAUUGGAUGCUAAGCAUGCUUAUGAUAUAAAUAGUCCAGAGGAUGUCCUUGACAAUUUGGCAAGACUGAUCGAUUUUUCGUCGAGGUUUUUUAUGCAUUUGCAUAUAACUUUCGAUGAAAAGUUUAAUGAUCUUGAGCAGAGUGUCGUUGCAGUAUUAAACGCGUCAAUAGACGCUAAACAUUUCCGUGAAUUACUGGAUUUGGUUGAUACAAAAGCUUCUACUAGUUCCUUGAUGAUAUUAUUAUAUUUUCUUGCGAAUACAGUGGAAAACAAAGUUCCACAUGUUAUCGAGUUCACUGAAGAAUUAAAACGUUGUGGAUCUGCUUGUCGAGUUAACGGCAGAGUAUCGACAAAUGGGUACAAAUUAAAUGAUCUCGCCUCAGAGUUCGAAAAACAUUUUGGCGAUGAUGUGCAAUUAGAGGAGGGAGAUCGAUUCCCAGAUGUUAUGCGAUCAUUUGUACAAAAAUCUUUGGAGAAAUUCGAAGGACUCAAAGUGAAAUAUACUUCAAUGGAAGUAGCGUAUAAAGAUGUGGAGGUAUGA